CGGACGGAGCCGGUAGUGUUAUGAUGGAUACGUCAUGCACCAUGGCUGCCUUUCGGUGAUGUGCGUUGAUACCAGUUAGUAAAUGGUAAAAUGCUUCUGACAGACGACAGCACCGUUAUUUUUCGAGUAAGAGGCAUGUUGGACUUCUCCUGCCAACUCGACAUCUCUAACGAAAAACGGGGACAAAGCGCCAUCACCAGAUGUUUUGAGGGCCUUCGCUCUAAAAUAUCAUCCGAGAGUCUAGUUUUCCUCGUCUGCAACAGCCCUGUACUGCUAUGGCCCAACAAGGGCUUACAGUCGACAGUGGAGCAUUUGACCGAGGAGACGCCGUGUAGGGACAUCCACCAGUAUAUAACAGUGGAGGAUGGGGGGAGUAAGAAGGCAUCAAAAAAGAAAGAAAGAAAAGAUGCUAGUGUGGUGAACCUCAAGCUCCUGAUGGAGGUCACAGAAGCUGGGGACGGUAGCGCUCCGAGUCUGUGUGUGCUGACCAGGCGUCAGCACUGUGCGAGGAUGCCCGUGUCCGUGGACUGUGUGCUGUCAGCAAACGGCUUCGACCCCCUCCAGACUGUAUGCCGGGGCCUGGUGGGGGCGCUGCGCAGACAGCUGUUGGACAUGGAGGACGCCGUGCUGAGGCACAGGAAGGGCUCCUCUCUGCUGGUGCCUCAGGCCUUCCACUUCCCGCUGCCGACGCCCGGCAACCUCAUCACUGUCGUCUACCCGGCCGGAGUGGCAGAAAGCCAGCUGCUGUCCGAAAGAGAGGUGCUGCACAGGAAGUAUGGGUUGCCUAGCGACAGGCCAUAUUUUCGGCGCGCCAAUGCGUUUCACUUCCCGGACGAGCCGUAUAGAGACGGUUACCUGCGCAAUCCACAUGCCCAUCUGACCCCGCCCAGCAUGGAGGACUCUAAACUAUACCUGGUGCGGGGCAUCUACAGUUACCAUCACUACAUGCAGGACCGGGUGGAUGAUAACGGGUGGGGUUGUGCCUAUCGCUCCCUGCAGACUAUCUGCUCCUGGUUCCAGCAGCAGGGUUACACGGAGAGGACGGUGCCCACACACACACACAUACAGCAGGCUCUUGUGGAUGUGGGGGAUAAGGAGUCUUCCUUCGUGGGGUCUCGUCAGUGGAUCGGCUCCAUCGAGGUACAGGCUGUCCUGAGCCACCUGCUCGGAAUCACCUCAAAGAUCCUGUUUGUCAGUCAGGGCUCCGAGCUGGCCUCCAAGGGCAGAGAGCUGGCCAAUCACUUUGAGACCACAGGGACGCCAGUGAUGAUCGGAGGGGGCGUGCUGGCGCACACCAUCUUGGGCGUGGCCUGGAGCGCGGUUAGCGGGCAGAUACGCUUCCUCAUCCUGGACCCACACUACACGGGUGGAGAGGACCUGCAGACUAUCACUGACAAGGGUUGGUGCGGAUGGAAGGGGCCGGAAUUCUGGGAUCAGAAUGCCUACUACAACCUCUGCCUUCCCCAGACCCCUAAAACCAUCUGAGAGUCUGAUAUACUGUAAAUCCCUCCAUCAGCAUCAGACAGCACCACUGGCUAUGUUGCUCAUCUCAGCAAGCUAAAAUAAAACAGACCACCCUCA